AUGGCACAUCCACCAUCGGGGCUCCCCUGGCUACCCUUGGUCCCAUCCAAUCCACCUCCACACGUCCCCGAAGAUACGAAGCAUACCAGCCCGCGUGAAGUACAAACAGCCAGUCACAACCGUACAAUCGGAAUCCACCAUUCAUACAUACCAGUUGGAGUCUUAUGGAAAGCGACAGUAGAAAACACCUACCCUGCGUCAGAGCUAGCUCUAUUACAAGCACACGACUGGGUCCAGACCAAUCCUCGCAAUGAAAACACACAAAUCUUUAUCCUACCAGAUGACGCCAAACGCGGGUCUAUUGCGCGCUCGAGCACCAAAGUCAGAGCGGCACUCAAAACAAUAAUGUCUAAGAUUGAUACCACCCGAUCAGUUUGGAAUGGCGUUUCCUGUGUUCCCAGUCCGGUGCCCAAUCCAUCUGCUGGCGCCGAGGAUGAAUCGCUCUGGUACAUCUUCAAUACUUUACAAAACCCAAACCCGCAGGUGAGCAUUGUGCGGGAUAGAAAUGCACGCCAGGCCAUGGAGGAUCUAUUAGAAGGCGAAGAUGCGACUCUGGGCCUCAAAACUGCGCUCUAUCCUUAUCAGCGCAGAUCGGCUGCUAUGAUGGUUCAGCGUGAGGCGCAGCCUGCUAUGGUCCUUGAUCCUAGAUUGCAGGCUUGGAAGGGUCCUGAUGGAAAGGAGUUUUACUAUGAUAAAGAAGAUGGAAGGAUCUUCAAGGAGAAGAGGUUGUAUUCGGAGGCUUGUGGAGGGAUCCUUGCCGAGACCAUGGGCUGUGGCAAGACUUUGAUCAGUCUUGCCGUUAUCUUGGCUACUCGUGGCCAUUUCCCUCAGAUUCCUAUCGAGUACCAAGUGACUGAUAUUCAACCGACAAGGAAAGUGACUGGCUCCCUAAUGGAUAUGGCGGCUGCAACUGCUGGCCGAUUAUCAGUGCCAUGGAGACCAUUUUUUGAGAGUCUUGCCUUUCAAGGGGAGCACCAUGAUCGAUGUAUUCAGGCGUGUAAAGCUCACUGUGGUUCCUACGAGAUUCCACCUCACCAGACCCGGCAUCAAGGCCGCAACAGCUCAUCAUAUCCCCGGUCACCGGCACAGCGCAUUAUUCUUUGCUCCGGCACUAUCAUCAUCGUUCCGCCCAACUUGGUUGAUCAUUGGGAGCGGGAGAUCGCCACCCACACUACCGGACUGAAGGUACUCGUUUUACGAACAAGCUUAGAUCGAAUUCCUUCGAUCGAGGUACUUCAGAAUUUCGAUAUCAUCCUCUUUUCCAAGCCCCGGUUUGAAAGAGAGGUCGGGGAACCAGUUCAUAAACGUCGCCUGAGUAUUCAACCCAUCCAACCUGAUUCGAACCUUCUUGGGCUCCAUUGGCUACGAGUAAUCGUUGAUGAAGGCCACAACGUCGCCGGAAAUGGGUCAAAUAUGGUCCAUAUGUUGAAACAGCUUCACUUCGAACGGCGCUGGAUCAUCUCUGGAACACCUUCCACCGGGCUCUAUGGUGUGGAAGUGAGCCUUGCCUCACAGGAGGCAAAUACCAGUGAUACAGAAUCACCCGAAGAGAUUACUGCGGCGGUUUUGAAAAGCCGCAAGAAAACCGGGAAUGCGGUCGACAACGAGUUGAAAGAUCUUGAUCGGAUGCGUCGCAUUGUUAUCGAAUUCCUUGAUCUCAAACCAUGGUCUAACUCGCGAGCCGAUGAUCCUGCGGAUUGGACAAAAUACAUCAAACCCUUGGGCGCGGAUGGACAACGCCGGAAGUCGCCAUCUCUACGUGCGACUCUGCAGAGCUUAGUCGUACGGCAUCAGCUACACGAGGUAAACCGGGAGAUCACUCUUCCCAAGCUCUACAACAAGGUGGUCUACUUGGAGCCAACAUUUCACGAUAAACUUUCCAUUAACCUGUUUCUCUUCGGUCUCGCGGUUAAUGCGAUCACCUCUGAGAGACAAGGACCAGACUAUAUAUUUGGCAAGGAGAAUCAAAAGCAUCUCAAUCAAGUGAUCAGCAACCUACGUCAGGCUGGCUUCUGGUGGGCUGGCUCUAGCGAUGUUCAGGAUACAGCCGAGCAUGCCCUCACUUAUUUGGAGAAGAACCAGAACAAGAUGACUCCAGCAGAUAUCAAUCAAUUGGAGCAAGGACUUCUCAUCGCAGAAAAAGCAAUCCAUUCCCCCAAUUGGCAUGGGUUUAAGAAAUACCACGAGCUUGGUGUCUUCGUGCAAGAUUUCCCAGAACAUGCGCGCAGUCUUUGGGCCCUUGACUCUGCUAAUUCAGACCAUGAACCACUUCUCCUCGGCAUUACCCAAGCCCGCCAUGCGCAACAAUACGUUACCAAACACCUCCGCUCUUCUGACCCAGCCGAAGGUCUGCCAGGUGCUGGCAUCAAGGUCCGCCGAGAACUUAUCGAGCGUGACGAGAAAGCCGCACCCAGAGGUGCCCCAGAGUCAGCCAAGCCAGCGCUGAGCCAGCUAAAUGGUGCGAGACCUUCAAGCAACAAAUCGCCCAAGAAGACGUUUACGCAAAACAAAUCUUGCUCUCUCCCAGAGACGUCCGCACUCAAGAAAACAAAACUGGUCGGGGUAUCCUCCGCAAAGCUCCGCUACCUCCUCGAUGAGGUACAAAAGGUGCACAAAACCGAGAAAACAAUAAUUUUCUACGACAACCCUAAUACAGCCUUCUGGAUAGCCGAGGGCCUAGAACUGACAGCGAUAGACUAUCGCAUUUACGCCAGCACCCUCAAACCGGAGCUACGAACCUCCUACCUAAAGCUCUUCCGCGAAUCCGAAGAAGUGCGCGUCCUCCUCAUGGAUCUUCGCCAAGCCUCACACGGUCUACACAUUGCUCAAGCAUCGCGCGUAUUCAUCGUCAACCCAAUCUGGCAGCCAAACGUUGAAAGCCAGGCUAUAAAACGUGCCCACCGCAUCGGCCAGACGCGUCCUGUCUACGUCGAGACUCUUGUUCUACGAAACACGCUCGAAGAUCGCAUGCUAAGGCGCCGGAAGGAGAUGUCUGAAGCGGAGAUGCAGCACGCUGAGAGGAGUUUGUUGGAUGAUUCAACCAUGGCUGAUAUCAUUCAGAAUGAGCCGUUCUUGGAAAUGGGAGAAGAGGCGCUUGAGGGUAUUGCGCCGCUUCAGCAUCAGACUGGGUUUUUUGAUGCGCAUCGCCUGCCUAUUCCUGAUGAUGAGAGGAUUGCCGUUGGCAGUCCGGCUAAGCGGCGGCGUUUGGAGGGGCCGGAAGACGUUUGUGUUAGUUCUGAUAUAGGUGCUGAGCCGAGCGGAGAUGCGCGGUCGAUGGAUACUGUGUCUAAACGGCCCCGCAUUGGAUUUGUGGAGGAUGUGCUGGUUUCGGCUGAUGCUGGAGUUGAUGCGGGUGGAGAUCUGCCACCUUUUGAUAUCUCUGUGCCUACUCGGCCUCGUAUUGGGUUUGCGGAGGAUAUACAGGUCUUGAGUAAUGCUGUUGAGCCAUCGCCUACUCGUCCCCCUCAGAGUGAAGGGGGCAAUGGUGCUGGUGAUCGACGCAUGUCCUUGUUCGGGCCAUGA